AUGUCAUUAGCUAUCCACAAGACCAGACACGAACUAGAUUAUGAGAGUGGGUAUGGUAUACAAUAUGCAACGGAUUAUCCACAUUCCGAUGAGCCCGGAAUUCACUCUUUACAUAGCCAUCACCCAGAAUCCGCAUCUCCGGAUCGAGUUUCUUGCGGUGCACGCGGAGAAUGCGACGGUAGAGCUGCAGCGGCGGUAGCAGGGCCAAGGUCUCGGAAAGACUGGAUUUGGAGCCGAAGGUGGAGGGCGUGGCGAGGCGGCGGGCUGCCGUGGGGGUGA